AUGUCAUCAUCCUUAACACCAACAACUGAGGAAUUAUAUGAUUCAUUGAAACUAACAGACAUCGCUAAGUCCAAUUAAUCAACAGAACCCUCGCCCAGAAAAUAUGUCAAAGUAAUUUCAUAAUUAAACCAACAACAGAUAGAAGAUUAUGUGGAUGUCCCUUUAGAAAUUGCAGAUUCAUUUACUGUAAAUAAAAAUAUCCUUCCUAUCCCCUUGAAAUAACCGAUAUAACCUGCGGCAGUUUCAUCUCAAGGCCAAAGAAUUCUUAUUAAUCCAAAACUGAAAAUUAAAAUGCUGAAUCUUUACAUCUCACAAGCUAUUAUUCAAGAGGAGGACAAUAUUUUUAAUUGCACUCAAUUACAGAAAUGA